UUCUCUCGCUGUCGCUGUAAACAAAAGCAUGUUUCUAUAUCAGUCUCGCUGGGGAAACUGAAAAGGUAAAAUAGGCUAAUAAUAAGAGGUUUGAGGGCAUGCGGGCCAUGACGAAUUAACCCCGCGUUUUUCUUCUCCGAGUAACAAAGUGGCCGUUACUUUGUUUUGCUUUGCAAGCUUGAAGGCCGAAAUGAAAAACAGGGCAUCUGAUGGGAUUGGGAAGCAGAUGAGAGGUCCCAGCUUUACGGGAGAUAAGAAAGCGAAAAUCACAGCCAAAACCCAAAAGACGUGGAUGAGACUUGCAACGGUCUUUGCUUAUUUGCUCUGUGUAUCUUUGACUGCGGUGGUUCUGGUGAUCUAUUACACGUUAAUUUGGGAGCCGGUCCGCACGAAACCAGGACCGUCCAACAACAAUUUGACCGUGGUCAAUGCAGAAACCGGCAACUUUAGCACCACUCAUAGACAGAGAAGCGCCUUCAACGCUGUAAGAAGCAAUCCGAGAGGUUUCAUCAUUCCGCGAUUCGAGGGAAGCCAUUUGAGAAGCUCAGGCGGUCGGGCUAGGAAUUUUGUGAACUCACCGAAGGGGAGUUCCGGGAUGGUGCGCGCUGCUUUCGCCGGCAUCAGCUCCACGGUCAGCAGCGGCAGCGAUCUCAUGUUAACCACCGAGAACAGAGAGCACAGGGCAGUUGGUAGCAUCCUCUCCUCGGCCAACAAUAGAAUUGAAGCGGUCACGCAGAACAGGGCGUUCAGCACCAUGGGCAGCGAUAAUCAGGAGACCACCAGCAGCGCAGAAGCAGCCGCCGGGAGAAGGGCAUUCAGGACCAUGGACAAUGACCAAGGGGGCACCAGCGGCAAGGAAACAACUACCGAGAACAGUGCGUUCAGCACCUUGGACAGCGACGCACAUGAGGCUCCCAAUGUGAACAGCCACCAGGAGAGCGCUUCUCUCGCCGAUUUCGGAAACUUCAGGACCACGGACAGCAACACCGGCAGCGCAGCUCCCGGGAUCUCCAGGCUGCAAACGCCCCAGGCAGCCAGCCAGAAGGAGGCCAUAAAUCAUCCUCCCAAUGAACCGAAACGAGCCGGCAACGGCGAUGCAGCUACUACGGAAUCAAACCGGUUGGCAAUCAGUCCCUCCAGUGUAGGGGAAUUGGGAGCUGUAUCGACUCUGCUAGGCCUGAAUCAACACGUCAAAAGUGAUGCCGACAGCAAAAUAAUGGAGGUCAAAAUGGACAGUAAACCGACGACCAAAUCAAGUCGCUUUUCUGCCAAAAGUACCAUGGAGUCCACCAAUGCUAUGACUCUAUCAACAGAUAUAGCUCGUAAUAACUGGCAUCAUAAGGUAGCUAGAGGUAAAAUGGAUGGAAAUGAUGAUGUGAGUUCAGCUGUACACUCUUCCAGCAAAUCCAAAAGGAUUGAGGACAUUCCAACUACGGCUAACCCCACAAACGACCCAGGUCCUUUUAACAUUGCCCCUACUAGAGUAGAUAACAGCGAGUUGGGCUAUCAACACUCUUACAAAGAUCACAACCUGACAGAUAAGCACAAUGUAUUUGCUAAGCUAAGGUUUUUGGACAUGACACCAAAGAACCAAGAAAGGGAAAAUUCCAUUGGAUCACACAGUGACAGAUUAGAUUGGAUGCUCACCGAAGACCCAGAAAGGACUGUUACUCACACACCAAGAUUACCAUUAGUUGGCCCCUCCAAGCCAGCAGAAAUCUGGGAAAACAAGGAGUUGGGUCACACUGGGACAACUGACCUUGAAGCUCACCACGUCCUCCAAAAUCUCAAUACCGAUAAGAAGCAGCCAUCUACCACUUGGAAGCAAAGCCAGGUCAAUGCAGAGGACACAUAUAAAAAUACUGUAACUAAUUCUCUACCAACACUCCCAAUAACAUAGCUUUGCACUUGAACUGGUUUUAUCUUAGGAGAAAGACACUUGGCAAUAUAUUUUAACUAACUACUGUAAUUAUUACUAACAUUGAUUGCAACAUAUUUUAAUUUUUAAUAAUCUUGGUGGUUUUUCCCCCUUUUGUGUCAAAUGGUAUUUAAAGAAAAAUAUGGGUUACAAAACCAGAAAACACAAUAUCAUUUAGUUAACUUAAAUAUUUUCUGAUACAUUACAGUUCUUCACAAUGUAUCAUUUCACAUGCUCAGUGUAAUUUUGAGUAUCAUACAUUUAAAAUAUUUUGUAUUACAAAUCUAUAAGAUAUUAAACGACUUACCUGCCUGUGUUUCCUAUCUUUUUCUUUCAUUUUAAGUUUCAAUAUCCACAUUUGCAAUGGAAAUUUUCUAUG